GUUGUUGUUGUUUGUUUUUUCGAGACAGGGUUUCUCUAUAUAGCCCUGGCUGUCCUGGAACUCACUUUGUAGACCAGGCUGGCCUCGAACUCAGAAAUCCGCCUGCCUCUGCCUCCCGAGUGCUGGGAUCAAAAGAUGUGCGCCACCACGCCCGGCUUGCAUACACUUAGUAUUAUGUAAAACUAGUAAAAUAAAUGUAUUGUAUAAUAAAUGUAUUAUAUAAAAGUAUAAAUUACUUUUAUAAUUUUAUAAUAUUCAGCCUUUAACCUUUUUUUUUAUUUAUUUAAUUAUUUUAUGUGUAUGAGUGUUUUAUUAGGAAGUGGAGAGCUUCUACGUGAUUGGUGUGAAUCGAGCUCUGGUCCCUCGCAAGUGCUCUUAGCCACUGAGCCAGCUCUCCAGCCAGCCUUUAACAUUUUUUUUUAAGCAAGAUCCUGCUUUAUAAUCCAGACUGGCAUUGAAUUUUUAAACCAAGUACUAAGAUUAUAGAUGAACACCAACACAUCUGGCUGUCUCUAAUCUUCCUACUAGAAUUUAAUUGAUAUAGAUAAACUCAUAUUAAAUAAUUAGAAUUCAGUCUUCAGUAAGACAUUUUAAUUUUUUUUAAAAAAUUUAUCUUUAGAGUCAAGAAUGAUGGCUCUUUGGUUAAGAGCACUUGUUGCUCUUACGGAACACCUGGAUUCACUUUCCAGCAUCCACAUAGUGGUUCCAGCCAUCAGUAAUUCCACUUUCAGGAGAUCUAAAGCCAUUAACCUUCAGGCACCAGGUACAUGUGUGUACAUGCAUACAUGCAGGCAAAACACUCACACAUAAAAUAAAUUUUAAAUUUAAAAGAUGUGUUUAUGUUUAUGUGUGUAUUUCUUUGAGACUAUAUGCCACAUGUCGAGGGCUCCCUGUAGAGGCCAGAGAGAGUGUUGGAUUCCUCGGAGCAGGAAAUAUAGUUGUGAGCUUCCCGAAGUAAGUGCUGGAUUUUGAACUCCAAUCCUUUUGAAGAGUAGCAAGCAUUUUUAACAACUAAACUGUCUUUCCAGCCCCAAGAGGUUUAAUUUUCAGAGCUAAGAUGACAGUGAUGGGGGGCUGGAGCCCUAGCUCAAUAGUUGAGAGCAUUUGUUGCUCAUUCAGAGGACCAGGGUUCAGUUCCCAGCACCCACAUCAUCAUCUGUAACUCUAGAGCUAGGGGAUCCUAUACCCUCUUUCUGUAGACACCAGCCAUGUACAUGGUGCACAUAUACUCAGGCAAAACACUAUGCAUAUACAAUACAUAUUUAAAGCAGAAAAGGCAGGCCUAGUGACUCAUCCCUUUAAUCCCCGCACUUGGGGGAUAGAUACAAGCGUAUCACUGUGAGUUCGAGGUCAGCCUGGUCUGCAUAGUGUGUUCCAAGACCUCCAGAGUUAGUGAGAACUUAAGCAAAACCAGAAAAUACUAGAAAGAAAGGGAUUGGAGAACAGUAGCCGGAAGGAAAUGGUGAACGGUAGACAAAAAGUACGGAAUGAAAAGAUCACUUAGUUUUCAUUAUAGGGGUUGUCUGUUUGUUGUUUUUCAAUACAGGGUUUUUCUCUGUAGUCCUGGCUGUGCUAGGAUUAAAAGCGUACCACCAUGGCCUGGCUCAUUGGGGGUUAUUAUAUUAAAGAGUUUAUCAAGGGGCUUAGCAGUCAAGAGCCUAUGUAUACUGCUCUUGGCAGAAAACUGGAGUUUGGUUCCCAGAACUCCUGUAGCAAGUGGCUCAAACCAUUUGUAACUCUAGUUCCAGGGGAUUCAGACACUGCUGGCCUCAUGUGCAUGUACCCACAUAAAUACACAUACAUAAUGAAAAAUAAUAAAAAUUAAAAUGUAAAGGAUAUAUGAAGAGACAUUAAUUAAAUAGCAUAAGUUCAUAGGAUAAGAAUAAUUUCAAAUUAAAAUUGAAAGUAGAAAGCAAUUUCUGUUUUUAUCAUUCUACAUACUAAUUUUUUAGUUAUAAAGAAACGAUGGUGGAGCUGGGAAGAUAGCUCAGUCAGUAAAGUGUUUGUCAUGCAAGUGUGAAGAUCUGAGUUUGAUCCCUAGAGCCCAUGAAAAAAGUCAGUUACCGUGGUGUACACUAGUGAUCCCAGCUGGAGAUACAGAAACUGGCAGCAGCCUACAGGUCAAAGAGAGACCCAGACUCUCUAAAACCAAGGAGAAUGGCACCUGUGGAACCAUGCCAGCCAGGGCUUACCUCUAACACAGUGAUUCUGCUGAGAAGCAGCUGGGACAUUAUCAAGGUAAAUUAGUGGAAGAAUAACUAAAUAAAAGGGGUUUUUUGUUUGUGAAGCAGGGUCUCAUCUAACUCAGAUUGGCCUCAAGCCUCUACCUCCCAGAUGCCAAAGUUACAGGUGUUCCCCACCACACGCUGCCUAACUAGAUGCAGAACCUCCUUUGUAUUUGUUUGCUUGCUUGCUUGUUUUUAAAGGUAGGUUCAGUAUGCAGGCCUGGCUGCCCUAAGACUUAUUCUAUGUAGACCAGACUGGCCUCAAACCAAAAGAUCCAUCCCCCUUUGCCUGUCAAGUGCUGGAGUAAAGACAUGUGCCACAAUGCUCAGCAUAAAUGAAACAUCUAGAGGUAGACCAUUUUUAUUGAUUUCGUUUUUUAAAUCUUUGAGGAUGAAGAUGAUGAUGUUAUUUGUGCUUUGUGUAUGGAGGUCAGAGGUAAUGUGCCUCUGCAUUUGCUGGGCUAGCUAGCUUGCAAGUGUUACAGUAUUCCCUCUGAAAUAAAAUUCCCAUGUUUCAGAUCAGGAAAUUGACUUAUUUUCUGAGAUAAGUUUCUUUUGUAGCUCUGUGUUAUUUAAUCAGGUCCUGAACUUCUACAUCCAGUUCUUGGGUGUCUUGUUUCGUAGGCAUACACCACCGUACUUGACAGGAAGUUUCCAUUUCAAAUAGCAAUUUGUCCAAGAUCCUAUAGCAAAUAAGUAGUAUAAUCAUGCUAAAACUUGUGCACUUUUUUCCUAUUUUAAUAGAAUCCUCAGGAGUAGGUUAUUUCUGUAUUUAUGGAAGUAUUUAGUGAUUCUAGGUAUUAAGUCCAGGACUUUGUUUAUGCUGGUCAGGUACUUAACAGCUGAGCUCUUUCUGUAUAAAAAAAUCAGUGCCUUGAAUCUAGUUCUUCAGGAAGCUAAAUUAGGUAAUAGAAACCUUUCACAGAUUUUUAUGGAUUUUCUUUCUUUUGUUUUUAUUAUUGUUUUGUUUUUCGAGCAAGGUUUCUCUGUGUAGCUCUGGCUAUCUUGGAACUUGCUCUGUAGACCAGGUUGACCUCAAGUUCACAGAGAUCUUCCUGUCUCUGCCUCCUGAGUGCUGGGAUUAAAGGUGUAUGUUGUCAUGCCUGGCAUUUUUUGUUUGCUUGUUUGUUGAAAGAUUUUUCUGAUCUCUCAAAAGAAAGUACUAAUACUUUGGUACCUUAUAAUUUUCUCCUUUUUAUUUUUGCACCAUGCACACAUGUGCGUGCGUUCAGUUUACAUGAAUUUAUUUAUUAGGGACAGAAUACCAUGGUAUGUGUGGAGAUCAGACAAUAUCUUUUGGGAGUUCCUACUGUGCAGGUCCUGUUGAUCAAACUCAGGUUGUUAGAUUGUGACAAGUGCCUUUAUCCACUAAGCUGUCUUACAAGCUCUCCUUGGGUUUUUUGUUUGUUUUGUUUUGUUUGGGUUUUUUGUUUGUUGUUUUUGUUUUUUGAGGCAGGGUCUUGCUGUGUAGACAGGUAGGCUUCGAUUUGAGGUGUUCUCCUUGCCUUACCGUCCGAGUGCUGCGAUUGCAGGUGUGAGCCGUGUGCUUCACUGGUGCUUUUUCUUAUGUUUUGUUUUCCUUCUCUGUGGUAUUUGUAGUGUCUACUUUGUAUAAUUUUUAUUACUUGCGUAUUUCUUUUAUCCUUCCUGAACUAUAAGUUCCUAGAGACUUGUAAUUGAUGUGUUUUUGCAUAUUCUUUGUUGUUACUUUGCAUGGUUUAUUCUACAUAUGUUUUCUGAUUCCUUAGAGUAGCCCAGAACAACACUAAUACUUGAAGACAGAUUGGGGACAAGCAAGAUGUCUCGAUAGGCAAAUGUGCUUGCUGUCAAGCUUAGCAAGCUGAGCUUAGUACCCAAGACCCACACAGUGGAAGGAGAGAGCUGACUUGUACCAGUUGUCCUCUGACCUCUGCUCGCACAUGUACACCAUGAUAGUCACUAGCACAACCGCUACCACCAAUAAAUAAAUAAGUGAGGGACUAAAUGUGUAAAAAUGUCAGUUUUUCCUCCCGAUUACUUAAUUCCCAGAAAUAACAACUCAUAAGUGCCUAGGUCAAAAGGUUCAGCUUGCUCUCUGAUUGGUUCCGUAACUUCUUACUCCUUUUAUUCUAACCUGAGUUUAGCUAUGUGCUGAUUUGCAUAUGUCUCCUCAGCAUUCUGGGGCAAAUCUCUCUAGCCUGACUAUUUCCCAAACUCUAUCCCUGACAUAUGUCCCACCUACUGGUUUCUGCCUCAGCUCGUUGGCCAUAAGCUUUUUUAUUGACAGAUGAUGCUACUAAGAGAUUCUCUAUAUAUACAUGUAAAUUGGACGAGAAAAGGGGGGGGGGUGAGUUAGGAGUUGAGCAGGUGAGGGUGUCCUGUAAUCCCAGCACUCCAGAGGCUGGGGCAGGAGAUUCAUAAGCAGGCUGACCUGACUAUAUAACAUAUCUAGGGAUGAGGAGGAUAAACAUGUAAACCCAUACACCUGCAUAUGACUUAGAGGGAAACAGAUAUAACAAAUACAAUGUGAGUAUUAUAACGGUGAUACUAGAAAAUUGAACAGUUUAACUUGGAAUUUCAGUUUAUUUAACAAUUUAGCAGGCAGAAAUGUUACCAUUAUGAGAAUAUUGAAGCAAGCAACUAUUUCACAUCUAACCAGAUAUAUUUGUUAGUAGAUGUAUUAAACACAGAUAUCUAUGGGUUUAUUUAUUUGUUUGUUUGUUUUGUUUAUGAGACAGGGUUUCUCUGUGUAGCCUUGGCUGUCCUGGAACUCACUCUGUAGACCAGGCUGGACUCAAACUCAGAAAUCCACCUGCCUCUGCCUCCUGAGUGCUGGGACUAAAGGCGUGCACCACCACUGCCCAGCUUAUUUUAUUUUUUUACUUAUUCACUUUGUAUCCCGAUCACUACCCCUGCUUCCUUUCACGGCCUCCCACAAUUCUUGCCCAUCUCUCUCCCCUUCUCCUUUGAGUGGGUGGGGGCUCCCCUGGGAAUCCCUCCACUCUGGCACUUCAAGUCUGGGAGGAUAGGUGCUUCCUGUCCCACUGAGGCCAGACAAGGCAGCCCAGCCAGAAGAACAUAGCCCACAUACAGCAACAGCUUUUGGAAUAGCCUCUGCUCCAGUUGUUUGGGACCCACAUGAUAAUCAAGUUGCACAUCUGCUAUAUAUGUGAGGGAGUCCUAGGUCCAGCCUGUGUUUACUUAAAAAUUUUUAUUACAUUUAUCUGUAUAUGGUGUGUGUGGAGGUCAAAGAACAAUUUGAGGGAGUUGUUUCUCUUCUCCUAUCAUGGAGUUCUCAGAUGAAAUCAGAUCAUCAGACUUGGCGGUAAGCACCUUUUCCUGAUGACCCAUUUUGCUUGCUUACCCACCCCCAAUCUCUGUCCACCUCCCACUUUGGUAUGUUUUUCAGACAGUCUCAUGUGGCCAAGACUUCCUUGAGUCAUACUAUGUAGAUGUAGAUUCCUCUGAACCUUAAUCCUUUGGCCUCAGCCACUCUAGUUGACAUUACAUUUAUUACAGAGUAUAAAGUGUUGAGGUCAAUGCCAGGGCUUUGUAUGUGUUAGCAAACACUGCCAACUGAGCUGUGCCACCAAAGUUGGGAAGAAUAUAAGACUAUUGAGUAAAAAGAAUAUUUUAUUUAGAAGUAGUGUUAUAAAGAAACGAAAGAAUCUGAAAGCAAAUACACUCUUAGUACUUAGGAAACUCAGGAGAAUAAAAAGCUCAAAAGCAGCCUGGGUCACAUCACAAACCUGUUUCCAACAACAAAGAACAAAAAUAUUACCAACAUAAAUAGCAGGAUAUAUUAUUUAGAAAAGAAACGUUUAAAGUAUUCUAAGCACAUGCCCCUACCCCCACCCCACCUCCUGCCAAGGUAUGGAUAGUGUCACUAUUUACCUUGGGAUAGCCCCAAUCAGAACCCUCCUGCCCCAGCCUCUAGAGUGUCGGGAUUGGUGGGUACAUGCCAGAAUGCCCUGCAAAUCUGAGUUUGUCUUUUGUUGUUGUUACUGUUUUUCCUUUGAGACUCUAUAAAAUCCUGGCUGUCCAGAAACCCAUUAUGUAGACCAGAUUGGCCUUGAACUUGAAGAUGUUGGCCUGCCUCUACCUCUGCCUCCCUAAUAUUACCUGAUUUUUUUUCUUUUUCUUUUUUUAAUUUUUCUUUUUUUUUCCUUUUUCCUCCCUUCCCCAACACAGACUCUUACUAUGUAGAACUGACUGGCCUGGACUCGGAGGGAUCUGCUUCAGUCUCCUGAGUGCUGGGGUUAAAGGCCUGUGCCUGUCCAUGAGUUUUCCCUGUGUGUUUGAAUGCCAUGGCAUAUGUGUGGUAACAGGACAACUUUGUGGAGUUCACUUUCUCCCUUUCUCUUUCCAUGGGUUCCAAGGAUUGAACUCACAUAGUCCAGCUUCACAGCAAGAGCUUUCCUCUGCUGAGCUGUUUGUCAGCUGCAGACUUGUCACUUUAGAUCAUAGCAUUCCACUCUGGUUCCUGAAGUCUUAUUUUCAUUUCAUGAUCAAAAACACAUUUAGUCCAUUUCUUACAAGUCCCCGUAGUCUUUACCAGUCUCACCACAGAACCCAGGUUACAAAAAAAUGGGUGUGGCUCCUUUGUAAUUCCAGUGUAGGGGAAGCAGAGACAUACAGAUCCUUUGGACUGACUGCCUAGCCUAGGCUGUAUGGUAAACUCCAUGAGAGAGCUUUUCUCAAAAAACAAGCUAAAUAGCACCUAACAAGCAGUGCCAGAAGUUGUUCUAUGGCCUUCUUAAACAUGUGCACCUGGACAUAGCUCCAGCACCCUUGCCCUUGCGCGUGCAGCGGGCUUUGAAUCCUUGUGAAGCCAUUUCAGUGCUCAGCGGCCUUCUGUGUGGUGACUUACAAGGUUUGCUUUAUUUGUUACGCCUUUUGAUCUGUAUGAUGGUCUUGAAAAUAGAGGUGGUCGCCUUGUACUUAGACUGUUGUGCAAACAGCAGCAAAGCACAUCACUGAUUACCUUCCCUUAGAAAUGGAAUCUUAUAGCCCAGCCUUUUAAGGGGACAACCCUAAAAAUCUGUACUAAGGAAUUCAUGAAAGUGUGUGUGUGCUGGGGCGGGCAACUGUGAAAAGUACAAGGAAAGUGGUUUACAUGAAGCUGGAAAGUCUUGGGAGUUUUAAAUUAACCCUGAAAUAGUAAGAACUUCUCAUUGUAGUUACAGAACACUUAACACAGCCAGUGGUAGGAGAUACAACUGCAAGAAGCCAUUUGCUUGUCAAGAUUUUUGUCAAGGUACUACUGUUAUCAGCUAUGUAGCGCCCCAAUAUUUUCUACCAUUCAGACUUUAGAAUUGAAGUGAAGCAUACAGACUGUUAUUAAAUCUUCCUAAUUCCUUUAUUUUGGAUAAGCUAAUAAUGUCACUCAGUGAAUGCUGAAGUAACUACGGAACUGUACAUAGUCACUUUAUAAACACACUCUUUGUUGUAGUUGUGGUCAUUGCUUUUGUUUUUGAGACUGGGUCUCCCUCUGCCUCUCAAGAGCUCUGCCUGGCUUAGAACUCACUAUUGUAUUUAGCCUCCGCUAGCCUCGGAUCUGCUAUAGUUCUCACCCUGAACCUCCCAACUGCUGGUAAUUCCUGAUGGGAGACACCAUGCCUGGCUUUUGGAGUUCUUUGAUUAAAAGAUAUCCACAUAGGGUGGCUGGGGAGAUGAAUCAGACAGUGCUUGUGUUGUAAGCAUGUAGAUCUAAAUUUUGGGUUCCUAGUUCAUGUCUAUAAACAUGGAGAUAGUAGAGACAGGAGAAUCUCUCAGGCUUGUCUGGCCUGCUAGCCAGUCUGAGAACUCUAGGUUCACUGAGAGAACUUGUCUCAAAAAAUAAGGUGAAAAGACAAAGAAGACACCUGAGGUUGCACUCUAGUGUCUAUAUGCCAGUGUACACACAUGCAUGGUACAAUCACACACAUACAUACAUACAUACAUACAUACAUGUAUAUAUAUGUAUAUGCACACAUAUACACAAUAAAAAAAAAGGAAAGUAUAAAUCAUUAGACCUGAGGUCGCUUAGUGACAGUUCAUGGAUUCUAUUCUCACCACUACAAAAACAAAACAAUAAGUAGAUAUAUAUAAGCAAAUUCCAGUUUCUUAGCAAAACAUCAACUACCUUUAUUUAGAAAAUAAGGUUAUCUGGCCGAUACACUCUCUGCAGGAAUGGGUCUGAAGCGGAGUAGAUUCUCUCUUUCCUUUAUGUGGAUUCCAGAACUCAAGUUGUCAGCUGGUACAACUUACCCACUGAGCCAGUUUAUUGGCCACAGGUCAUUUUCUUAAAUUUGGGUCCAGUGAAAGAACAAAAAUGUUUUCAAUAAUUUAAUUGAAAUUAAAUAAAAAUUUCCACACUUUGAAAAUAAGGAACUGAGCAGGGUGUGGUGGCCCACGCCUUUAAUCCCAGCACUCGGGAGGCAGAGGCAGGUGGAUUUCUGAGUUUGAGGCCAGCCUGGUCUACAGAGUGAUUUCCAGGACAGCCAGUGCUAUAUAGAGAAACCCUGUCUCGAAAAAAAAAAAAUAGAGAGAGAGAGAGAGAAAGAGAAGAAAAGAAGGAACUGGAUUUAGCUCAUUUUGAAAAGAAAUGGACUCUUCAAGAGAAUACGCACUUUUGCUAUUAAUGCUUGCCUUUAAAAAAAAAAAAAACUGAUCAUGGGGCUGGAGAGAUGGUUCAGUGAUUAAGAGCUCUGACUGCUCUUCCAGGGGAGCUGGGUUCAAUUCUAAGCACCCACAUGAUGGGUGGGUCACAGGUGUCUGUUACUUCAGGGUUGGACACCUUUACACAGACAUACAUGCUGGCAAACCAUAAAAUAAAACAAAAGAAGAAAAUAAAUGUGGGGUGGUGGUAUAUGCUUUUAAUCCCAACACUUGGAGGCAGAGGCAGGUGGAGAUCUGAGUUCAAGGUCAGCCUGGUCUACAGAGUGAGCUCCAGGAAAGCCAAGACAGCCCAGAAAAACUGUUUGUUUUAAAAACAAACAAACAAAUAAUAAAGUAUUUAAAAAGUUGAUUGUUACAAAUUAUUAUUUGGUUAUUGUAAGUGAUAUUCUUUGUGAUAGGAUCAGUCAUUGAUCAGAAAUAAGUAAGGGAAUUUUUAAAAAAGAAACAUGGUACAACCUCUUCCUGUUUAUAUUCUUUGGAGUCUGUCUCCCAUUGUGACUUUGUUCCCUUGACCUGUGUAUUUCCUUAAUAGCAUAAUAAUAUAAUUUAAUAAUGUAAUCUACUUAAUGCAAGCAGUAAUUUCAUCUUCAGGUUGGUUUGUAAUUUGGAUAUUUUCCUUGAGUUAACUUUUGAGAAAUUAUAAAUGAUGGCUCUUUUGAGGCUUUUCUUCCCCUGGAGUUGGUUUAUGUGGGGAAGGAUAGAUAUUGGUGAGUCUAUGAAGUCUUCUUUAACAGGAAGCAAAGAUUUGAGCUGAGCCACUUAGUUUUACUCAUUGUUAACAGAACUCAAUUCUUUAAACACUGAAUAUCUAAAGUUGUUUUCUAGACUUCUAGUUAUUAAUGUUUUUUCUUUUUUUCUUUUUCUUGUUUCCUUUUUUUCAAGACAGGGUUUCUCUGUGUAGCCUGGCUGUCCUGGAACUCACUUUGUAGACCAGGCUGGCCUCGAACUCAGAAAUCCACCUGCCUCUGCCUCAAACUCAGAGUGCUGGGAUCAAAAGGCGUGCGCCACCACGCCCGGCGUUGUUAUUUUAAAGUGGUCUUGAAACCCUGUCUCCUCGGGCUCCUUACAUAGUUCUUUUAGUGAAAUAACAAAACAAAACAAUAGAUCAAUGUCUGGUUGAUUCCAUCUAAUUUUUACUGUGAUUUCAGGAGUCCCAUCUUAGACCCUGAAUACUGAUUUGCCAGAGUGAAUCUGAUAAAUGAGAGAUUGGAAGCUAGAGAACUAGAGUUAGUUUUCUCCCUUUAACAGACUGACGUCCCGACCCAUCCCCCGCCCCUGGGUUAUUAUUGAAGAGGAGAUUGUUCAUGUUCUCAAGUAGCAGUGCAAAAAUCUCACACCCCAUCUGACCAGUACAAAAACAGCUGCUGUAGCACAAAAUGUCCUUCCUCCGUCCUCACUGAGAUCGGGGGAGGGACAAAAGCCCAGUUGGUACUUUACCCUGUCCUGUCUGCCUGUUUCCUACCCUGAUGGUUUCUGCCUAACAAACCGUGUUUCUUUUUUACAGCAUUAUGAUCCUGGACUUGUUGUGGUGAUGGUAAACUUAGCAGUGGGAGAACAGACCCUAUUCCAAUCGUUGUCAAGUAUGAUGUCAUGGGCAUGGGUCGAAUGGAAAUGGAGCUGGAUUAUGCCGAGGAUGCUACCGAACGGCGUCGUGUCCUAGAAGUAGAGAAAGAAGACACAGAAGAGCUGAGGCAGAAGUACAAGGAUUAUGUUGACAAAGAAAAGGCAAUUGCAAAAGCCUUGGAAGAUCUCAGAGCCAACUUUUACUGUGAACUUUGUGAUAAACAGUAUCAGAAACAUCAGGAAUUUGACAACCACAUCAAUUCUUAUGAUCAUGCACACAAGCAGAGAUUAAAAGAUCUCAAGCAGAGAGAGUUUGCCCGAAAUGUCUCUUCAAGAUCCCGCAAAGACGAGAAGAAACAAGAAAAAGCCCUUCGGCGGCUCCAUGAGUUGGCAGAGCAAAGAAAACAAGCUGAAUGUGCACCGGGAAGCGGGCCCAUGUUCCGACCAACCACGGUGGCUGUAGACGAGGAUGGUGGAGAAGAGGAUAAAGAUGAGUCAUCAACCAACAGUGGUGCAAGUGCUGUUUCUUCUUGUGGCUUUGGAGCCGACUUCUCCACAGAUAAAGGGGGCUCCUUCACGUCAGUACAGAUCACUAAUACCACUGGACUGUCACAGGCUCCUGGCUUAGCCUCCCAAGGUAUUAGCUUUGGCAUUAAGAAUAAUCUGGGACCCCCACUGCAGAAAUUGGGAGUAUCAUUUUCCUUUGCCAAGAAAGCUCCCGUCAAACUUGAAUCAAUAGCAUCCGUUUUCAAGGACCAUGCAGAGGAAGGGAGCUCAGAAGAUGGAACGAAGGCUGAUGAGAAGAGCUCUGACCAAGGGGUGCAGAAGGUGGGAGAUACUGAUGGCACUGGUAAUCUUGAUGGAAAGAAAGAAGAUGAAGACCCUCAGGAUGGAGGGUCCCUUGCCUCAACACUGUCCAAGUUGAAAAGGAUGAAACGGGAAGAAGGAACAGGGGCUACAGAGCCAGAAUAUUACCACUACAUCCCCCCAGCACACUGCAAGGUCAAACCUAAUUUCCCCUUCUUACUCUUUAUGAGAGCCAGUGAACAGAUGGAAGGGGAUCAUAGUGCACACUCAAAGAGUGCCCCCGAGAACAGAAAAAGCAGCUCUCCCAAGCCGCAAGGCUGUAGUAAGACAGCAGCAAGCCCAGGGGCAGAAAGAACAGUGAGUGAAGCUUCUGAGCUGCAAAAGGAAGCCGCUGUGGCUGGGCCUUCAGAGCCUGGAGGUAAAACUGAAACAAAGAAAGGCUCCGGAGGAGGGGAAGAUGAGCAGAGUGUAGAGAGUAGGGAGACGUCAGAGAGCCCGAUGUGUGAGUCCAAUCCUAAAGACAUUUCUCAGGCCACCCCAGCAACAAAAGCAGGCCAGGGACCCAAGCAUCCUACUGGUCCAUUCUUUCCAGUUUUAAGCAAGGAUGAAAGCACUGCCCUCCAGUGGCCAUCAGAACUACUCAUUUUCACCAAAGCAGAGCCUUCCAUCUCCUACAGUUGUAAUCCUUUAUACUUUGACUUUAAACUUUCAAGAAACAAAGAUGCUAAAGCUAAAGGGACAGAAAAGCCAAAAGAUGUCGCAGGCUCCUCAAAGGAUCAUCUCCAGAGCCUUGAUCCUAGAGAACCGAAUAAAAGCCAGGAAGAGGAGCAGGAUGUAGUGCUCUCUUCAGAAGGCAGAGUGGAUGAACCUGCAUCAGGGGCUGCCUGUAGCAGCCUGAACAAGCAGGAGCCUGGGGGUAGCCAUAUGUCAGAAACUGAAGACACUGGGAGAAGCCAUCCUAGCAAGAAAGAACCAUCAGGCAAGUCUCACAGACACAAGAAGAAAAAGAAACACAAAAAAUCCAGCAAGCACAAACGUAAACACAAGGCUGACACGGAAGAGAAGAGUUCUAAGGCAGAGUCUGGGGAGAAAUCUAAGAAGCGCAAGAAACGAAAACGGAAGAAGAACAAAUCAUCAGCCGCAGCUGAUUCUGAACGCGGACCCAAAUCAGAACCUCCUGGAAGCGGCAGCCCGGCACCACCGAGAAGGCGGCGCCGAGCUCAAGAUGAUUCCCAGCGGAGAUCCCUUCCUGCUGAAGAAGGAAACAGUGGCAAGAAGGAUGAUGGUGGGGGUGGUAGCAGUUGCCAAGAUCACAGUGGGAGGAAACACAAAGGUGAACCACCAACUUCCUCCUGCCAGCGGAGAGCUAACACCAAACAUAGCAGCCGGUCCAGCCAUCGGAGCCAACCCAGUAGUGGUGAUGAGGAUAGUGAUGAUGCUUCCUCACACCGACUGCACCAGAAGUCUCCAUCCCAGUACAGUGAGGAGGAGGAAGAGGAGGAGGAGGAAGAAGAGGAGGAAGAUGAAGACUCCGGUAGUGAGCAUUCUCGUAGCCGCUCUCGGUCUGGCCAUCGCCAUUCCUCACAUCGUUCCUCCCGGCGCUCUUAUUCUAGCAGCUCUGAUGCCUCUUCAGACCAGAGCUGCUAUAGUAGACAGCACAGUUACUCUGAUGAUAGCUAUAGUGACUAUAGCGACCGAUCACGAAGGCACUCUAAGCGCUCUCACGAUUCAGAUGAUUCAGACUAUACCAGCUCCAAACACAGGUCUAAACGACACAAAUACUCAUCAUCUGAUGAUGACUAUAGCCUCAGUUGCAGCCAGUCCCGAAGCCGAUCUCGGAGUCAUACAAGGGAGCGAUCAAGAUCCCGGGGUCGAAGCCGCAGUAGCAGCUGUAGUCGCAGUCGAAGCAAGAGGAGAAGUCGCAGCACCACAGCCCACAGCUGGCAGCGAAGCCGAAGCUAUAGCCGGGACCGGAGCCGCAGCACCAGGAGCCCUUCUCAGAGAUCAGGCUCCAGAAAGGGCUCAUGGGGUCAUGAGAGCCCAGAGGAAAGGCGCUCUGGCCGCCGGGAUUUCAUUCGUUCAAAGAUCUACCGCUCUCAAUCCCCCCACUAUUUCCAAUCAGGUCGGGGAGAAGGUCCUGGAAAGAAAGAAGAUGGCAGAGGAGAUGACAGUAAAGGAGCAGGCCUGCCCUCCCAGAAUAGCAAUACUGGCACAGGAAGGGGGUCAGAAAGUGACUGCAGUCCUGAAGAUAAGAAUUCUGUUACUGCCAGACUGCUGCUAGAGAAGAUCCAGUCCAGGAAAGUGGAGAGGAAACCCAAUGUGUGCGAGGAGGUGCUGGCCACCCCUAAUAAGGCUGGGCUCAAGUACAAGAACCCCCCACAAGGUUACUUUGGGCCUAAGCUCCCCCCGUCUCUUGGUAAUAAGCCUGUUCUUCCAAUGAUAGGGAAGCUUCCAGCUACCCGGAAGUCCAAUAAGAAAUGUGAAGAGUCUGGCUUAGAAAGGGGAGAAGAGCAGGAACAUUCAGAGCCAGAAGAAGGGUCCCCAAGGAGUAGUGAUGCUCCAUUUGGGCAUCAGUUCUCAGAGGAAGCAGCUGGUCCCUUAUCAGACCCUCCCCCAGAAGAGCCAAAGUCUGAAGAAGCUACUGCUGAUCACUCUGUGGCUCCGCUAGGCACCCCAGCCCACACUGACUGCUACCCUGGGGAUCCAGCCAUCUCCCAUAACUACCUCCCGGACCCCAGUGAUGGGGAUACUCUGGAGUCUCUGGAUAGUGGCAGUCAACCAGGCCCUGUGGAAUCCAGCUUGCUGCCUAUAGCCCCAGACCUUGAGCACUUCCCCAAUUAUGCACCUCCCAGUGGGGAACCUAGUAUUGAAUCAACAGAUGGGACUGAGGAUGCCUCCUUGGCUCCUCUCGAGAGCCAGCCCAUCACCUUCACCCCUGAGGAGAUGGAGAAGUACAGCAAGCUCCAGCAGGCUGCACAGCAGCACAUCCAGCAGCAGCUUCUGGCCAAACAAGUGAAGGCCUUUCCAGCCUCCACCGCCCUAGCUCCAGCCACACCAGCCCUGCAGCCCAUCCACAUUCAGCAGCCAGCCACAGCCUCUGCCACCUCCAUCACCACUGUUCAGCAUGCCAUCCUACAGCAUCAUGCUGCAGCCGCUGCUGCCGCCAUUGGCAUUCACCCUCACCCCCACCCUCAGCCGCUUGCUCAAGUACAUCAUAUUCCCCAGCCCCAUCUAACCCCUAUUUCUUUGUCCCAUCUCACUCACUCAAUUAUCCCUGGCCACCCUGCCACCUUUCUUGCUAGCCACCCUAUCCAUAUAAUUCCUGCCUCAGCCAUCCAUCCUGGGCCCUUCACCUUUCAUCCCGUCCCACACGCUGCCCUCUACCCCACCCUGCUUGCCCCACGGCCUGCUGCAGCAGCUGCCACAGCCCUCCAUCUUCACCCACUGCUUCACCCCAUCUUCUCAGGUCAGGACCUGCAGCACCCUCCCAGCCAUGGGACUUGAGUUGGGAGUCGGAAGCCUGUGUUGAGCCAGGGAAGGUGGCCUGUUCUUCCCUUGGGGGUGUUGAGCCAUUUAUACCAGCAGGUAAAAGCUGGAACGGGCAGUGUCUUGACAGCCAAAGAAAUGAGUUUUGGCUUGCAGGGAUGGAUUUAGAUUUGAGGUUUGCUUUGGGUUUACUAUCAGGGAUAUUUACCCCCUUUCUAUUAGUCCCUCCCUCCUGUGUUUCUAAGCUAGGGAACACCAGUAAGUGCUACCCACACUCCUCUGCAGCAACAUCUCCAGACUGUCAAGUAAGCCUCCUUCCUCCCUCUACUUUCUGAUCCUCUGCACUUCCCCUCUGUAAGUUCAAAACAUUUUCCUCCUCUAAUGGGUUGUCACCAAAGCACUUGCCAUGGGCCCAUCUGGUCCUGCCUUCUCAGUGCCACGAGAAAGGCCAGGCUGUCUCUUCAGUGGUGAAAACUCCACUUUUCGGCAGUGUCUUUGACUAUCCGUUUGUGACACGUUAUCCCAGGUGAGGUGGAAGAGGGAGUCUAACCUAGAACCAAAAGCAACUCAGGCUGCAAUUUGAUCCACUUUCCUUACAAACAGAGCCAUGCAUUUGGCACUACUGUCCUCAUGCCCCUCAUCCCAGAAGAGGCAUCUACAUAUCCCAGAAAAGAAGAUCCUAUCGUGAGUAGAAGCUACACUGAACAUAGGGUCACCCAUGUGCUUCCCAGAAAGGAGCUCGUGUCUGAAGGGUAUAUUUCCUUCUGUUAUGUUGAUGUUUUCUUCUUAAUUUAUAGGAUUUUUUAAUGUAAAAUUGCACUGAACUCUAUAAACAUAAAUGCUGCUUUUUGUAGCUCAUAUUAAAAAGGUUCCGUAUUUGUAGUAUACUGCAAUAAUAUUUUUUACAUCCAGCUCUUUAAGUGAUCCUUGUUCUGGUGGCUUUCUGUAAAUAUGUUUGCCCUAGUUGAAUUAAGAAACUUUAAAGGUUAUAAAAGAAAAAAAAAUAAAAUAUUUGUUUUCUGCUAGAUGCAAAAAUGACUAAGCAUGUAUAUUUUAUCAACCUCCUGUAUUUUUUGAAGUUAUGAACUAUAUAAAAAUGUUGACACUUUUUUUUGUUUUGUUUUGUUUGCUGGGACAGUGUUAAAUAAUUUGCAGUAGUUGGUUCAUCCUGCACUGGGACUCUCGGGUUGAUGAGCAGCAGGCGGCUGCUGCUGUCAGGAGGAUGCACAGUUGCAGUGGUCUCCCUGACGUGCUUUGUUAUACAGAGAAACCGUGGACUCCAUGGAGGAGGGGAGGAUUGGUUCAACAGCUUUAUUCUCUGGAAGCAGUGACACUCGGUGAUUGUCUGGGAAAAGGGGUCCUUUGGUUUCCCUGGGUACCUUGUUCCAGACAGUCUUAUUUGCCUUCCUAGUAUUUAGCCCCCUCUGACAAUUUUUUAAAUGUGCCUUGUGGGUUGGCUAGACACUAAAAUAGAAGUAGACCAGAGGAUACUAGAGUUGGGACAGUUCUCUCUUUGUUGGGAGGUGAGCACGUUUAUAGGUAGAGAGAUUUUUGGCUUCAAAGUUCUGUGCCGUCUGCCCAGCUCGAUUGCUAUUUCAGCAGUAGAGGUUCCUUUUUUUUUUUUUCUCCAGUGACACUGACCAGAAGUCUGUCCAUCCCUCUCCCCUUUGCCCUUCCCCCAGGCUCUCAGCCCUCCUUAACACUGACCCAAAGGUGCUUGUAAUGCAGGUCUCAUCUCCUUUGUUAGUGCUCUUCCUAUGACUAGAACUGGUUAAGCAGUCAACUGACUGUUAACCCUGCUUGCCUAGGCCAAGGUUCUCUGUUCCUGCCUUCUCAAAUUCCCAGCAGAGUGGGCUGUGUUAGGGAAGUGAGUGCUGGGCACUUGAGGCCCGUCCCUGCCUGAGCUUCUCCUACCUUCUGCUCAUUGUCCCCUUACAAGUAUCACUUUUAGGAUAACUAGCCCUGGAAAAACGGUAUCUGUUUGAAGUGAAGGGACUGGUUCUUCUUGCUUUCAGCCCGUGUAAAUAUUUAAAUAAAACAGUAUUAACAUUUUUGUGCUGCUUCUCGUUAGGUUGUAGAUCUAGCCAUGCUCUGGCCGCCUCUGCCAUCCUGGAGGUAGUUUUCCUUAACUUCCAGAAUAGUGAUUUUAAAACUUUAAAAAAAAAAAGGGGGGGGGAUAACCUAUCCUUACAUACAAGCAUAACAGAUUGUAUCUAACUUUAUCACAUAUGAUAGAGAUGUAUAUGCUGUAAAGUGAGGGGAAGGAGCUUUCUAAUAAACCAGUGCUUUGUGCAAACUUA